UAUUAUCUGUAGAUUCCGGCACAUCCUUCGUCGCGCUCGUCGCCACAUCGCUUGCUUCCCCGUCACUCCCACUAUUUCCCACUCGUCGCCGGCGGCGAGCGAGCGAGCGAUGAUCUCCGCGUCCCGGACGCAAACCCCGCUCCCAUCUCCAUGACUCCCGCGAACCCCACCCCGCUCCUCUCCUCCCCACGCCCCAACCCUUCCCUCCCCCUCCCCCGCCGCGCCCGGCGCCCCCACCCGCCGCCGGCGGCCAACACCACCGGCGCGGCCUCCACGCCGGACUGGUUCCGGCCUAGGGCGCCGCCCGACGCGGACCCGUCGACAUCCGGCGGCCGCGUCGCCGCCCGGGAUCCCGGGGUGCGCGUCAGGGCCAGGGAGGGCGCGGAGGAGGAGAAGAAGGGGAGGGGAAGGGGGAGGAGGAGAUGGUGGGACUGGUGGUCCGGGGACAGGGAGAGCUACCUCGUCGACGACGUGGAGCCGCUGCCGCUGCCGUUGACCGUUCCGGACACCGAGCCGAUGUCCCGCGAGGAGCUCGACCGCCGCCUCAGCUGCGACGUGGAGAUCGAGGAUUGCAAGACUGUCUCCUACGAGUGGACGGGCAAGUGCCGGAGUUGCCAGGGGACAGGGCUGGUGAGCUAUUUCAGGAAGAAGGGGAGGGAGACCAUCUGCAAAUGCGUGCCAUGCGCUGGCAUUGGUUAUGUUCGGAAAAUCACAUUUCGCCAGGACAUUGAAAACAUGGAUGAGUUAGACAAUGGGAAACCACCAUAGUUUGAUGGCCCUGUUCGCUUGGCAGCUGUCAUUUAUUAACUGCUGCUGGAUAGAUUGUGUUCACAACUUGGACGAUUUAACCAGUGAUUCUUUCUGUUACAGUCAGGCACGGUACAUGAUGAGGUGCCAUUUUUAAGUGUUGUAAACCAUUAUCUGCUAAUAAUUGUACUCCUUUGUUCUUAUCAUUAUAGUUGAUAAAGAAAAGGAAAGAAAUUAUUUCAAGUCAGCUUUGGUUCUGUUCUACA